CAUAAAUUAAGGUGCAGUUUUUUUCCUCAUAUUCAAUAACUUAAAAGUUAAGAAUUUUUUUGUUGAAAAUGGAAACAAGAAGGCCAGAUAUAUCCGUAAGCGAUGUGCAACAUAUACUAACUGAAAUAUGUCAUUGGAAAAUUCACAAGAUCGAUCGUUUGGACUCUUUCGAAGACAGAAACUUUAUGGUGAAGUACGAAAACGCAGAGGCGUCACAAUCAAAGGAAGAAUUGAAAGCGAUGGUGAAAAUCGUUCAUUCGAAGAACUUCUGCCAACAAAAAGUGAAAGCGGAGAGAAUGGUUAUGGAUCAUCUGAAAAACGAGGGAUUCAUCUGUACCUCUUGUUUGCCAUUUCCUGACGGAAAAUGGCAUUACCAUACAGAUGAUGGUAAACAUGUUUUCCGGCUGUUCUCAUUUAUUCCUGGGGUAACUCUGAAGAGCUGUCUACACCUAAUUGACAGUAAAAGUAUGCUAUUGGAUUUGGGCAGCUUUGUUGGUAAACUUCACAGGUCUCUACAGAAGGUUAAAGAGUCAAUAGUCGUGGAGGAUAGGCCAACAGAUCCCUGGAUUCUGAAGAACUCCUCCAUUUUACGCAAUUUGCUUAAAGAAAUCCAGGGCACAUCAAAAGAAAAAGAGCAUUUGAUAUUAAAUACCCUUGAAAACUUUGACCAUCAUGUUAUGACGUUAUUUGAUGAUCUGCCAAAAGGUGUAACUCACAACGACAUUCAUGAUCUUAACAUUAUUGUGAAUUACCAUGAUGGAAAGUUACAAUCAUUAGAAUGCAACACGGAAGAAAAUGGCGUGAAAGCAAAAUUCGGACUCAUCGAUUUCAACGAUGUAGCCUUUUCACCAUAUUUGUUUGAGGUUGCCAUGGUGAUAAGAGAUUUAAUGGUAGAUAUCGAGGAUGUCCCACAUCUGGAAAUCGGGGCUUAUUUUCUGACCGGAUAUACAGAGGUAUCCCCAAUUUCUGCAAAGGAAUUGCAGUUAUUGCCGUAUUGUAUUCAGACUGGUCUUUGCCAGUACAUAGUGGUUGGAGAGAGUGAAUUUCAAAAACAACCGGACAAUGAGUACACUCGACUAGGAGCUGAUAAUGCCUGGACUGUGCUUCAAAAGCUUCAACAUAUCACCAAUUCCGAUAUAUCGAAAACCUGGAAAAGAAUCAUGAACUCCUGAUCUGUAUCUACCUGAAAUAUGCAUAAUUAUGAUAUUAGUUAUUCAAAUAUAGGAUUUACAUAUGUGAAAUUAUAUAUGGUGGUUGGAUUUUAGACACACUCUAUUAGCAUUUUGCUAUAUAGGAAAGAUAUUCUUUUUAAAAUUCAGAGAGAGAGAGAAAAAGAUGAUGCUAUUAAACUGUUCUUUUGAAAUUAUUUGCGUGUUUUUUCUUAAUCAUGCCAUAUCAUUAAUAUAAUAAAAUUAAGAACCGUGCCAAUUUAUAUCAUAUGCCGGAUAAC